CACCUCAAUGCUUCUUAGCUCUGUAUGUAAUCAUCCCAAUUUUUUAUCUCGGCUCAUUCGGUUCGUCCCGAGCGAGUUACACAGGCCAUGGCGGCCUUUCUGCUUCGCCGAGCUGCGUCGAACCUAGGUCUAGUUUUCUCUCGGCCAUUACUUCCAGAGAGCUCCUCACCGGCUGUUCCUUCAGUUCCCGGUUUCUCCUUCGGUGCUUCCAUGGAGCUCAUGGCCGUUCCCAAGAAGAAGGUUUCGCCGCAUAAGAAAGGAUUGAGGAAUGGACCCAGGGCUCUGAAACCCGUCCCAGUGAUUGUUCGGUGCAAGAGUUGCGGCCGAGUUAAACUGCCACACUUUUAUUGCUGCAGUGGGAAUAGAAGAGCAGGCGGUUCCUCCCCUUCUUAAAACUGAUGCCUAUGUUGGCUGAUGAAAGCAUAUGCCCAUAAUAGGCCCCAAGACUUUAUCAAAAACAAAUUUAUUUUUAAUGUAUCUCUUGUUUUUGAUGUAUUUCCUGCGUGUUCUUUGUAAUCAGAUAACUCCAUGCUUUUCAGGCAUGUUUCAUCUCCUAAUUUUCCUGCACUGAGUAACACCAUAGCAUUUGUAUUCAACCUUUUUUUUUAAUGGGGUUUUAAAUGUAUUUUAUUUUA